AUGUCCACAAAGCCCGGCCCGCGCCUGAACGCGCAAAACAUCAACCCCAAUGUCGUCGCCGCACAGUAUGCUGUCCGCGGCGAGCUUGCCGUCAAGUCCGAGGAAUACCGAGCGAAGCUCGCCAAGGGCGACAAGGACCUUCCUUUUGACCAGGUUAUCUCCGCCAACAUUGGCAACCCGCAGCAGCUCGACCAGAAGCCCAUCACCUUCUUCCGACAGGUCCUGAGUCUCAUGGAGAACCCCCUGCUGCUCGAGCACAAGGACGUUCUCACGAACCAGCUGGGCUACAAGACCGACGUCAUUGAGCGUGCCGAGUGGUUGCUGAGCAAGGUCGGCUCUGUGGGCGCCUACAGUGCCAGUGCCGGCGUGCCUGCGAUCAAGGAGAGCAUCGCCAAGUUCAUUGAGCGUCGCGAUGGCUUCCCUGCCGACCCCUCCAAGAUCUACCUCUCUGGCGGCGCAUCCUCGGGCGUCAACACUCUGCUCAACGUCAUCUGCGCCAGCCCCAAGACGGGCGUCCUCGUCCCCAUCCCCCAAUACCCCCUCUACACCGCCUCUCUCGCCGUCCUCAAUGCCACCUGCGUGCCGUACUAUCUCGACGAGGCCGCGGGCUUGGGAGCGCAAGUUCGACCACCAAGAGCUCGCGUCCUGCACUCGUCUCCAAGGGCAUGGUCGGCGAGUGCGGCCACGCGGCGGCUACUUGAGCUCGUCGGCUUCGCCCCUGAGGUCGAGGCCGAGAUUUACAAGUUUGUCUCCAUCACCCUCUGCGCCCCCGUCGUCGGCCAGUGCAUGGUCGAGCUCAUGGUCCGGCCCCCCGUUGCCGGCGAGCCCUCGUACGAGCUCUACGACCGCGAGUACAGCCGCAUCUUCAACGGCUUGCGCGAGCGCGCCGUCGCCCUCCACAAGGCCUUUGCCGACAUGGAAGGCGUCGAGUGCGGCGCGCCCCAGGGCAGCAUGUACCUCUUCCCCACCAUCCGGCUGCCCGCGCGCGCCGCCGACGCUGCCGCCAAGGAGGGUCGCAAGGCCGACGAGUUCUACUGCCUGCGCCUGCUCGAGGCCACGGGCAUCUGCGUCGUGCCCGGCAGCGGCUUCGGCCAGAAGGAGGGCACCUUGCACUUCCGCACCACCUUCCUGGCGCCAGGGACCGAGUGGGUCGGCCGCAUUGUCGACUUUCACAAGAAGUUCAUGGACGAGUUCCGUUAA